CGCUUCGAAAAAGAGAAGAGAACAAUCGCCAACGGUCUGGCGGGAACGGAUAGCACAAGCACAGACGGGCACGGACAGGCACGAACGGGAACUUUUCCACAACGGAUAGAAAAGCUCGUCGCAUGGAUUUCGAUCGUUUCGCCAUCGGGCACGAUGGAUCACUGAGUGAUGCAAGUUACUUGACGAACUCUCUUUUCGACGACAAAUUCACGACGAGAGGCUCAACGACGGAUUCCCGUGGGGUUAGCGUUAUUUCAACAGCGGCGUCACGGCGAUAGGAUUUGAACGGCAGGAUGAAUAUGCGAGUAUUUUCCGUUUAAAUACAAUUCGUCGAUUAACGUCGUGGGAAACAUGGAUUGCAUGGAGUAUGAUGACACUCAGACUCGACGGAGGAAAGCGUCCGAAAAGACCGACGAGCACCAGGCCAAACGUUCCAAGCACGUCGAGGAUGACAUUGACGAACAAAGCGAAGAGUAUACUGCUGGAAAAGUGGCAAAGAUUCGCCUUUAUAAUUUUAUGUGUCAUGAUGCAUUGGAAAUAACAUUGAAUCAGAAUGUUAAUUUUAUCGUGGGACGCAAUGGCAGUGGCAAAAGCGCUAUAUUGACUGCAUUGACUAUAGGACUUGGUGCGAGAGCAAAUGUUACAAGCAGAGGAACCUCUGUUAAAGAGUUCAUCAAGAAAGGCAAAAACAACACUACUGUAGAGAUAACUUUAGUUAAUAAGGGAGACGCUGCUUACAAGCCUGAUAUUUAUGGUGAUACAAUUACAAUUGUACGAAUCAUUGGUCGUAACUCGUCAUCAUAUAAGAUUAAAAAUUGGAGAGGAGAAAUUAUUUCUUCAAAACGAGAGGAAUUGGAUAAUAUUGUAACAACGAUGAAUAUACAGAUUGAUAAUCCAAUAUCUGUUUUGAAUCAGGAUGUUUCAAGAACAUUUCUAGUUACCUCUAAGCCUGAGGAAAAGUAUAAUCUGUUUAUGAAAGCUACUCUCUUGGAUGCCAUUGAAAGUAAUUAUAAAGAAGCUCUCAACAUAUGUGAAGAAGAGUAUGCUAAAUUAAAGCAAUAUUCCAUGGCUUUGUCACAAAUAAGAGAAGAAAUACAGAGAUUGAAGGAAAGUAUACACAGAUUAGAAGAAGUAGAUGAAUCACGGCGAGAAUUAAAUGAUCUUGAAAAGGAACUUGUGUGGGCUACGGCGAUUGUGGAAGAAACUAAACUAAAUAAGAUACAAGAGACUUUAAAGAUGUAUGAAGAUAAUUUGAAAGAGCUUCAAAAUUCAGAAUUAUCUAUUACAACAAAGGAUGCAGAAAUUGAUGCAAAAAUCAAAGAAAUAAAGGAAAAAAUUCAGCAAGCAGAACAGGAAGUAACAGAUAGUAGCGAAGCUUAUAAAAGUGCAAAAGAAAAACAUUCGACUGCGAAUGAAGCAUACAAUAAUAAACAACGUGAAUGGCGUUCUGUGACACAUAAAAUAAAACGAUUAGAAGAUGAUAUUAAUUUGCUGAAAAAGGAAAUUCAAAAGUUAGAAAGCUGCAACGAUGAAGAACACAACAAGAAAAAAGAAAUGAAGGAACGUUUAGCAAAGUUAGAGGAAAAACUGGAUGAAUAUGAUGCCUCGUUACGCACCAAGCAAACCGAAUUGAUGCAUUUAGAAGCUGAUAAGGUGCGACUUAUGCAAGAAGUAAAUUACACCAGAAAUGAAAUGGAGAAUUGCAACAGACAUAUAAGUAAGAUCAAAAGGGAGUUGAACGCAGUCGAGCAACAGUCGGACAACGCAUUGAGUGUAUUUGGACCGAACAUAUUGCGUUUGUUGAAGAGAAUCGAGGAGGAAUAUAGAAAAAACCGAUUCCAGAAAAAACCACGUGGUCCUAUUGGUGCUUUCAUAAAAAUGAAAGACGCCGCUUGGGCACCGGCAGUAGAAUAUUUUCUCGGUAAAGGCUUUCUUAGUUCGUUCUGUGUAGAUAAUAGUCAGGAUGCCAAAUUGUUAAGUAGUAUUAUGAAAGAAAUUUUCUAUAAUAACGAGAGUAGCCUCCAAAUAAUAUCCAGCAAAUUUUUUAACCAGGUGCAUGAUGUUACACGCCACUGUACACGGUCACCAAAUUAUUCUAAUCUCUUGGAAGCGAUGGUUAUAGAAGAUCCUGUUAUAGCUAAUUGCCUGAUUGAUCAACGCGAAAUUGAAUGUGUACUUCUUAUACCGACAAAUGAUGAAGCCUGUAUGAUAAUGUCAAACGCGUCAAGAGUGCCAAAAAAUUGUAAGAGAGCGUUUAAUCUAAAUGGUGACACAUACUUUCCUGAUCCAAAUUAUAGAACUUAUGGCGGAAAGUGUACGCGCGCUAAGUACCUUCAAGUUUCUACUACGGAAGCGAUGCAAACACUGAAGGAAGAACUUCAGACAGCGGAAAACAAAAAGCAAGAAGUUACUACGGCUUAUAACGCUGUAUGUGAAAAAAUAAAACGCACUAAUUCCGAAUUAAAUAAUGUAAACACAACAGUCCGCAAAUUAAUGUCCGCACAAAGUGAAUGCACAAAUUUUAUUAAUGAAUUGAAAGAUAAAAUUGGUUCGACUGAAGCCACUUCUGCUGAUGUUUUCCGAAAUGAAGCCGCGGAAUUGGAAAAGAAAUUAGCGCAGGAAAAUGCCGCGGAAAAGCUUUUAGCUGAGAGUACAAAAGAACUUCAGAAGAACGUUCAGUCUCUCGACAACGAAGUUAAGCGUUGCAGGGACUUGAGGCAUAAUUUAAACACAGUGAUUGAUCCUUUUAAAGAUCAAAUAAGAGAGCUUACACAGGAGAAAGAACGACAUCGGCACGCGUGUCAACGUGCCACUCGAAAGUUACAGGAAAUUCGGCAAUCUAUACAAUGUACAAGUGGGGAAUUUGAAAUGCAAGAGAGAGCUACGAAUAAAGCUGUCUCCAACGCCACUGAAAAAUGUCCUAGAAUAAAUACUACCAGGUCGAAGAAUCAAAUAAAAACUUUACUAACUGAAUUACAAGAUAAGAUUCGCGAGGUAGAAAAUCAAUUCGGCUGUGUGGACGAAUUACGGCAGCAACUACAAGAAAAAGAGCAAAAAUAUGGGGUAAACAUCGAGUUCGCAGCUCAUUUGAAACAAAGUUGUGAAAAACACAUCGAGCGAGUAAAGAAACGACAAAAAAUGUUUCUCCAAUUGAGAGAGAUGUACAGUGCUUACGUGCAGAGAUCUUUCACCGACGUGCUUUCUUUAAGACAGUACAAGGGCAAAGUAAAAAUCGAUCAUGUAAACAAAGUGCUUGACUUACACGUGAGUGCACGGGACGAUAAAAAGACGGGCAACGAUACCAGAUCGCUCUCGGGAGGCGAACGAUCUUACUCGACCGUCGCGUUUAUCUUAGCUCUCUGGGAUUGCAUUCAACUACCAUUCUACUUUCUUGAUGAAUUCGAUGUAUUUAUGGACAAAGUAAACCGACGGGUGAUAAUGGAUAUCCUUUUAGAUCACACUAGAUCGCAUCCGCGAAGUCAAUACGCUUUUCUUACACCUCUAGACACGUCGCACAUUCUUGCUGAGGAUUACGUAACGAUUCAUCAAUUACAACCACCAGAGAGAAGAGGCCUCAGUCAGCAGUGAUAGUUACAUUUUUUUUUUGUUUUUUUUUUCCUUUAAUAUUUCAACAAAAAUGUGUUUGUAUUUUAAGUUAUAGCUGAAGGUGUAUUGUACGAAACUCGUUUCUUAGCAAUAAGCGAAAGUAAUUUAUUUGUUGUGAAUUGUUAAAAAAGAGGAACCCUCAGAUAUUUAUGUGCUCUAACGUUUAAGGCGUAAAAAUAGCGUCAGGUCACAAGGCACUUUGCGCAGUUUGCUUUACAUGAGGCGCAACAGAAGAUUUACAAUAUGUUUUUAUAUAAGAUAUAGGCAUUUCCUAGUGAUUUUCUAGGAGCUCAAAUUAUUUGUGGUUCAACCGAGUUAUACGGUACUCAGAAUAAAAAUUUUACAAUUGAAACACUAAAAGUGCCUUCAAAUAAUACCAUAUAAAAAAUGUGAUACAUGUUUCUUUUUUAAUAAUAAAAGAUCAAAUUAUCGCAGUA